AACGAGGCGAUCAAAAUAAUAUGGACAGCGUGCACAAUUUUCCAAAGUUUUUUGCUACAUGGAGCAGUUCGUCGAAUAUAUUAAACUGUAUUCUUGAAAGCAACUGGUUAGAUCAGCGUGUAGACGUCACUGUUGAACCAGAACAUGUCAUCAUCAGUAGCAGCCAGAAUGGAUGCAAAUUCUUACUACGUGGUAUUACAUUACUACCCGACACUUGCAGGGGACUGAAAAUGUUAAAUACAGAAGAACUUCACUUUAGUAUGAAAGGUAAUUUAUCAGUUGAUGACGAUGUAUUCCCGAUGAAGAGGAAGAAAUGUUCCUCGCAGACUGAGACAGUUGACACGAUACAGAGACUUCAAAACAAGUGGUACUGUGGUGUUUGUAAACAGAAAAUACUCACAGAUCGCUGUAUAUUAAGCAGAGUUCUUCCACUUCCAUCAGAGAACUGGUCAGAGUUUGCUGACAUGUGGUUCUGUCAUAACCAUGGUAACCAAGAAGAGUCAUCACAGAAACAAGGGAGGUUACUACCGAAAGCUAAGGAAUGUUUUGUUGGUGAAACAUACGUCCUUGUUGCUAGGAGACAUGUAAACAAUGUUGGAAUCAAGGUGACAAAAUCUGGAACUGUGAUCUGUAGACGUUGUGGGAGACAGAUUGGUGAAGCAAUAGAAAGUGAAAAUGGUUUAUCUAAAGAGGACAGCAUAAUAAAAUUUUUUCUACAUACAUUGCUCAUGAAGGACCUAGCUUACGCAGAUUUGAUAAAGUCAGAAAUCAGUAAUGGCCACAGAGUUGAUUUAAAUGGGUUCUUCAGUGGUCUUCUCCAAGAACAGAGUGAUACGUACGCAAGCUUCAGAUUUAUAAUAGAGUCACAGUGCGAUGGUCUAUCAGGAAAUGUUCAAGACAGACCUUCUUCAACAUGUUUGUUAUGGAUGCUGGAUUCCAUGGUACAGAUGUACAGAUCUAGCUCAGUGCCAGACUCUGAUGGAAAUAUACAAGUCACAAAGACAGAUGUCACUAAAAUUAUGUUUAAGUGUCAACUUGGUGGAUUAUGUGCAAAUAGAUCACCAGAUUAUGUUACCAAGUCGGUGAUAUCAUUAUGGAAGAAAGAUAAUACAGUUCAUGGCUUCAGACUUCCACAUCCUGUCUUCCUUCAGCUGAUAAAUCUACUCUUACAGAACUGUAAAACCCUUCCUGCUUCACAGAGAUAUCUCAACGGUUUCCAUAUGAGUUUCAUAGAGAACAGUAAGGUCAGCUGACAGCGGAGAACUGUUACCUUGGACACCAUCACCAGCAGGCUGUUUUAUUCCUUCAACUUAAUUUCUACUACCUAAAUGAGGAGAGAAAACAAUGCAAACAAGAAGAAAUGAGCACAUCUUUGGCUGAAUGUCACUGACCCCCAAUCACUUACCCAUUCAAUGGAUUGUUCAGGAAUUAAAGAAGCAGUAAAGCUGACUUGGUAUCAGGCCAGUGGUCCUGUAUAGGAGGCUGCUUUACCUGAAAUAUCUCUCAGAGAGCACCUGCUGUAUAGGAGGCUGCUUUACCUGAAAUAUCUCUCAGAGAGCACCUGCUGUAUAGGAGGCUGCUUUACCUGAAAUAUCUCUCAGAGAGCACCUGCUGUAUAGGAGGCUGCUUUACCUGAAAUAUCUCUCAGAGAGCACCUGCUGUAUAGGAGGCUGCUUUACCUGAAAUAUCUCUCAGAGAGCACCUGCUGUAUAGGAGGCUGCUUUACCUGAAAUAUCUGUCAGAGAGCACCUGUCGUUUCACCAGUUAAAGCUGGAAAAGUGCCACAUGGCUUGUGUUGGUGUGACUUAAAACCCAACAAAGCAAACAAACAGGAUGGUUGAGGAAGAAGAGAAGAUGAAAAUGCUAAUGAAAAAAUAAAACAGUUUUCAUAUUCUUCAGGCAACAGUCCUGUGUAUUCUACUGCAGUACUUUUUGAUGAAAUUGAAAAAGUUGUUUUCUUUGAAAUGGUGUGUUAGACCAAAUAUUUUUCAAAUUAUAUAACUUCCUUAUUCGUUUCAGUGAUGAAUGUAUGUGCGAGACAAAACUCAAGUAAACAAGAGAUCACAGAGUGAUCUUGGCGCCCACCAUUGUACCAUUUUUGAGUGUUCCAAAUUUCAAGAAUUAUUGACUAGCUCAAGGUCAUAUUUCAUUUCCGUACACAACACUGCAUGUGGUCCAAAUUCGAGAGCUGUAGCUUGAGAAAUGUGAAAGUAGGUCACUAGCUCAAUUUCAAGGACAAAGUUCUUUGUACACAAAACUAUGUAUGUGCAUCAAGUUUGAAGGCUGUAGUUUGAGAAAUUUGAAAGUAGGUCACUACGUCAAUCUUAAGGUCAAAGUUUAUUUCGGUACACAAAACUAUGCAAGUGGUCCAAAUUUGAAGGCUGUAGCUACAGAAAUGUGAAAGUAGGUCACUAGGUCAAUCUUAAGGUCAAAGUUCAUUUCGGUACACAAAACUAUGCAAGUGGUCCAAAUUUGAAGGCUGUAGCUUGAGAAAUGUGAAAGUAGGUCAAAAUCAGGUUCAAAUUUUAUUUUGGAACACAAAUCUAUGCAUGUGGUCCAAAUUUGAAGCCUGUACCUUCAAAAAUGUGAAAGUAGGUCACUAGGUCAAUGUAAAGGUCAAAGUUUAUUUCGGAACACAAAACCAUGCAUGUGGUCCAAAUUUGAAGGCUGUAGCUUGAGAAAUGUGAAAGUAGGUCACUGGGUCAAAAUCAAGGUCAAAUUUUAUUUCAAGUAAUUCUAAAGAAGGGAACUGCGCAUGACACUUCGUCUCAUGAUGGUGUAUAAUUGUGCCAAGUUACAUCAAAAUCCCUCCAUGCAUGAAGAAGAAAUGCUUCAGACAAAGUCAUUCUUGUAUCUGACCUUUGGCCUCUAAGUGUGACCUUGACCUUAGACCUAGGGACCUGGAUCUUGCGCAUGACACUCUGUCUUGUGGUGGUGAACAUUUGUGCCAAGUUAUAUCAAAAUCCCUCUGCAUGAAGAAGAAGUGCUCCGGACAAGGUUUUCAUUCUUGUAUCCUUUGACCUCUAAGUGUGACCUUGAUCUUAGAACUAGGGACCUGGUUCUUGCGCAUGACACUCCACCUCGUGGUGGUGAACAUUUAUGCCAAGAUAUAUCAAAAUCCCUCCAUGCAUGAAAAAGAUAUGCUGCAGACAAUUUUUUUAAGAAAAUAUGAUAAAGGGGAAUAACUCAAAAAGUAGGCAAGGUAGAGUUAUUGUUCUUGCACACUGCACUUCCUCCCAAUGUGUUCUAUCAGUGUAUGAAGUUUGAAGAAAAUCCCUCCAGUACUUUUGGAGUUAUGCUCCGGACAAAAUUUUUAAAGAAAAUAUGAUAAAGGGGAAUAACUCAAAAAAUAGGCAAGGUAGAGUUAUUGUUCUUGCACACUGCACUUCCUCCCAAUGUGUUCUAUCAGUGUAUGAAGUUUGAAGAAAAUCCCUGAAGUACUUUUGGAGUUAUGCUCCGGACAAAGAUCGUUGCGGACGGACGCACGCACACACGGACGGAGAGCAUUUCUAAUAUCCCCUUCGCCUUUGGCGGGGGGAUAAAAAAUCGGCAUAGCAUUCAGUUUCCUGCCUAUAUAUAUCCACUUUCUGUGGGUCUAGCUGUAACUUAUAAACAGUAAUUAUUUAAGGAAAUUGAUUCUUGCAUUAUCAUUUUCAUGAAUUUCUAAAUAAAGUAUAAACUUAGCUAUGAAAAAAUCGCCUUUAAAUUUUUAUCGAAAUUUACAUGUCCGAAACUCAUAAAUUUAACAGGUGCACGAUCAAAACGCCGUGAAAAUUUUCAUUCAUGUUUCAAUUCUCAUGCUUUUAUAAUGUCCGAUCUUUGCAUCAACUUUUUCAGAUUUAUACAUUUAAUUUGUUUAUUACUUUUUUCGAAAAUAAUAUCAAACUCGUAGAUAAUGGCGAUCUUUUUACAAUAUUUUGUAUGGAAGUUCUGACGUCCGCGAAAUCAUUUUUUAUCCACAGUUCCCGAACAAUUCAUUUACAGAAAUUGACCGUAAUCAUGGUAAUUGAAAUAAUUUUUGAAGUAAUCUUUAAUAAAAUGAUAUACAAUUGUUGCAUAAGAUCAUGCUCUCGUUAAGUUUAUCGGCUUUUUACACGCCGAUUGAAAAUUUUCAAAAUGGCGACGGCUUACAAUAUUAUUGAUUGACACUGUGGGAUAUUAACGCUACGAUUGGCUGAAGUUUGACAGGCUAGUAGGCGGGGUUGACUAUGGAUUUAUCGAUAAUUUAAUCUAGAAUACGCAUCAAGUUUUACAACUUUAAGUAAACAGAUAAUAACUCGCUGAAAAACUUGGCGAUUUGGAUUUCGCCCGGAGGCGAUAAUUAGGCGAAGUGGCCGACUUUAAAGCGACGAUACCGCUCAAAUGGCCUUGUAGGAUGAUCCCUGCUUCUAAAAAUGCAAUAAAUAUGAUGACACUCA